AAAGAAAAUCUAUUACAAGCCACAAAAACUUGUGGCCAAGAAUCGAAACCCCAUGGUGACGUGGCACCUGGCUCUGGUUUAAACGGAUCAAAAUCCAAUUCGUCGUGCCUCCAUUGCCAACUUAGAUCAAAACCCAAACCUCAAAAAAACCGAACACUGAAACAUUUGCAGCAACGAAUUAAACAACCCGCCCUAACUGCAGCCCCUCGCAACCGUAACCAUAACAACCAUCUCGCGCGUUUCCAGUCGUGUUGUUUCUGUUUCGAUCCCCAGAAAAUGCAGGAAACUAAGGACCCUGCAAUUAAGCUCUUCGGCCAGAAGAUUCCUUUCCCCGGUGAAGCAGAGGUUCCUGCCAUUGCCGGCGGCCAAACUGUCUCGCCGGCAGCGAUGGAUGUGGACAAAGAGAUAGAGGAAGAAGAGGAAGACGUUGGAGAGUCAGAAUCUGAAGAAGAGAAAGACCAAGGAGAUAAGGAUCCACGAGCUGAAAAAGUUACUGAGAAAAAGAAAGAGGCUGAUCCUCCUCCAAAUGGUGCAGAGACAAAGAAGACUUCAGAGGGUAUUCAGAACCCAAAGACACCAUCCAUAGACGAAGAGACUGCAAAGUCAAAAAACGGCAAGUCAGAGAAUGAGCAAAGUGAUGCAACCAACAACAAUGAGAACAACACCAAAACACUGAAGAAGCCAGAUAAAAUACUCCCAUGUCCACGCUGCAACAGCAUGGACACAAAGUUCUGUUACUACAACAACUACAACAUUAACCAGCCUCGUUAUUUCUGCAAAGCGUGUCAAAGAUACUGGACCGCGGGUGGAACCAUGAGGAACGUGCCUGUUGGGGCAGGAAGAAGAAAGAACAAGAACUCUGCCUCGCAUUAUCGCCACAUUACAAUCUCUGAGGCCCUUCAAGCCGCUAGAAUUGAUGCCCCUAAUGGGACUCAUUUACCCACUUUGAAAACCAAUGGAAGAGUCCUCAGCUUUGGCUUAGACCCACCAAUUUGCGAUUCCAUGGCAUCGGUCCUUAAUCUAGCAGAGAAAAAAGUUCUUAAUGCCACGCGGAACGGGUUUCAUACUGCUGAAGAUCAGAGAGUUCACAAAAACGGAGAAAAUAAUGGCGAUGACUGCUCAAGUGUGUCUUCCAUUACGGUUUCAAAUUCCAUUGAAGAAAGUGGCAAAAACGGGUCACAGGAAUCCUUGUUACAGAAUAAUAAUAAUAAUAAUUUCGCUCCUCAUGUCUCGUGCAUUUCUAGUGUUCCUUGGCCUUAUCCUUGGAAUUCUGCAGUUCCUUCGCCUCCAGCUAUGUGUCCUCCCGGGUUUCCUAUGUCAUUCUACCCUGCAUUUUGGAACUGUGGGGUGCCAGGGAAUUGGAAUAUUCCGUGGUUUCCCUCGCAUCCUUCAGUUCCAAACCCUAGGUCUCCAACCUCUGCUCCAAAUUCUCCCACCCUAGGGAAACACUCCAGAGAUGAUGACUUUACUAAAGAAGAGCAUUUGCAUAAGGAAGAAAGGCAGAGAAAUGGGAGCAUUUUGGUCCCUAAAACUCUGAGAAUUGAUGACCCUAGUGAAGCUGCAAAGAGUUCUAUAUGGGCAACACUAGGGAUCAAGAAUGAAUGUGUGAGCGGAGGCGGCAUGUUUAAGGCAUUCCAAUCAAAGAAAGAUGAAAAAGGCCAUGUUGUUGAAACAUCUCCAGUGUUGAGGGCGAACCCUGCAGCCUUGUCUCGAUCCCUUAAUUUUCAUGAGAAUUCUUGACUUAGCAACCCUUUGAGACAUGGGUUUGAGACGGUGACCAUCUUUCAGCAGUGGCCAAUUUGGUUUAGCCUCAUUAAGUUUGAGAUGAAGUGAAGGUUGGUAGUCUCCAAUUUCCUCGACAUAGGGUAGGGGGAACUAAUCUACUAGGAGGUUUUAGUGGGAUGGUGGCAACCAAUUUUUGUCUUUCAUGUGACACUAUGAACAGUUAGCUUUAUUUUUUUUACAUGCUUAGUUUGCUGAGUUUGAGUUCAUGUACAUAUAUAAAUAUAUGUGAAAAUACUUGCUAGAGAUGGAAAAAGAUAUUUACCAUGUAUAAAAACUCAAGGGUACUGUAUUUUGUUAUGAAAAGGGAAAACGGGACUUUUCCUUUGGUUAACGUGUUUUUGGUUCUUCGUGGAAAAAUCAACGCAUUUUGUGGAUAGUUUGCCAUCCCUCUGAAUCUGAAUAUCAGUAGAGGUAUCUACUUUUUCAAAAGGUGAGAAAAAGAGACAAGUUCAGAACCAGAAUAUAAACCACAUACACUUGUCAG